AUGGCUUCCAUGAGCACAAGCUCCAUUUCGGAGCUAUAUCAAUCUUACAAGGAGGCAACAAAGUGUUUCUUAACGUGGCUCUGGUGCCAGUACCGACUUGAGGCAUCCCGCGACGACACCGGCGACAACAAGUUCAGAUCUACAGCGGAUAUUCUCAGAGCAGCGAAGAUCUUCAGACAAUCCAAAGCUGCCGUCCCACGCUCCGUCUUGAGUUUUCUUCGGAAGGCAAUAGAACAACGAAAACUCGUGGCGAACGUUUACCACCAGCUCGAUGCCGGUGAUCAUGGACACAAUGGGUUCAUCAGCAGGCUUGAAGAGGUUCUCGCAAUACUUACGCCGCUCUUGGAAAAGAUGCCGGUUUCUUCAAACGAUGCCCCGCUCUUGGAAAAGAUGCCGGUUUCUUCAAACGAUGCGCUCGAGGAGAUUGUGCCUUUGAACACUUUUUCUCAUUUAUCGAUCAUGGACACCGACUCCAAUGACCAGGAAAGCUCGACUCCAGGCUCCCACGAGCACCGGUCACCUUUACAAUCAUCUGAAACUACAAGCUCAUCCGGCACACCCACGGUGCCAUCCGACUUUUGGCUCGAAGAUGACUACAUACGCGAAGUGUUUGAUGCUGCUUACUUCCUCAUUGAGCUGGACAGCGUGCACUCGCAAAUCAAGAAUUGCUGGACAGACGCUGCUCGAGGCAACAUCCCGCUGCCAUUGGCUGCUUGGAUGACAAACCUCGCCAUAUACACUAUCGCCAGAGACUUGCCUCCAAAGUUUGUGCAUGUCUGCGUUAAUACUUUCAUCAAUCCGGAGUUCGUGUGCGAGUUCUUCUCCAAGCUUUCCAACAAAGUCGAUCCAGCGAUGUUCAUCUCAGACGCGCGUCGCUUUUUGAUGCUCGCCGAGGCGAUCAAUGACUACGGCGAAACUCUUUCCGGUACACCGAAAUCCACCGUCACGGGCAGGAACUUUCUUUGUGACCGCCCCAACUGCGCUUGCAAGUUCAAAACCUCAUAUGGUUUCAGGUCCCAUCGGAAUUUCGAAGAACAGGAACUGUCAUUGUCAUGUUCCGAGUCCGAGAGGUCCAACAUUCGCACUAUCUUCGACGUUGUGCGCGACGACCUUGGAGCAACACGAGCAAUCAGUUUGCUAGAAGCUACGAAACCGUUGAAGUGCGGAUGUUUCACGCCGAUAUGCGAAUCUUUCUUCUUCGUUGCUAGAGAUUUUCUUUCUCAGAGUGUUCCCCUUGCCUCAGCUAGGCUUGUAGUGGCACUGAACAUAUUCUUCUUGACGGAUGAGUCGAUUCUAGUUUCGGAUGCAAAGAUCAAGCGAAGCGAGUACCGUCUACAGGCACUCCGUCUGGCCUUCGAAAUUCGAUCCAGUAUUCUCCCAGUCAUGGACGCCGUCAGAGCAAUGGCACCAAACUGUGAGAGGGCCCAGUACUGGCAUCGCGAGCUUCAGGAGUUGCUGGAUGGCGUGAACGCCUAUGUUUCUCAAAAGAAGUUUGACAUUUACCACACGUCGCCGUGGACAGCUGGCAGUCAUAUGAUGGAAUUGCUCACGGCAGCUUUCACGUUCGGCUUUCGCAUCAAUUCAGACUGGGCCGUGAUUUCCGCUACCUUACAUCUGUACAACGCCAUGCACCGCUCCGUUGCCGACACUCCGAGAAUACCAGUCUUGGACGAACUCUCUGAGGUUCUCACUGAGAGCAUCUUUGGGGGGAGCUUGCCCGAGCGAAACUUCUGCUCAACAUUUCGUCGCAUCGUGUAUCAGAGCAAGAUUGACAACAGCACAACUUCACCUGGCGGAGGGAAAGUCUUCCGCCUACAGGCUGGGAUGAUGCGGCUUCCACAGCUUCUGCACAUUGAUUGUUCUCUGAUUGACCAACACUUUGGCAACCACAAUAACUGCGAAUUCUUCCAAGGAGAGGUCCUGGGUAUUCGUCAUCAGCCAGGUUUGGGACAAAGGUCUUCCCGCAAGAUUAAAGAAACCCGAGCCAAACUCAGUACUUCCGAAUACAUGGAAAAGGCCAAGGCCAGGGGGCUUCAAGAUCUUGAAGGACCUAAACCCUUUGCUCGCAUCAACCUUUUCGCAGUAUUCACAUUGUGCAGUACGUUUCUGAACAGAUUCGGCAGUCUUGGAAGGCAGCAUAUACCAACGGACAAGUUCGAAUCAUCAUAUGCUCGAAAUCAACUGAAGAACGACCUUGUCGUCGGCCGUUGCGAAGCAGAAAUGUUGAUGCAGUCUAUCGACGAGUCCUCAAUUGGCAGACAAGGCAGACGCCAUCUAGCUCGAAUGUCCGCCACCCGUAACGCUAUUCUGGCUUACAAUGAGAUGGAAUCAGGAGCCACUUUGAAGCAGUAUCUGUGGGAGUUCUAA